CGAUCUUAAAUAUACCAUUUGAAAAUUUUGAAGAAAGAUUUAAAAUUCAAGCUCGCAAUCAUCACAGAAUCCAGAUUGAAUUUAUAGACUUUUAUAUUGUUUGUCCAAAAGAAAUAUCUGAAAUUCGCUCAAAAUUCGCAAUAAUUGAAAGAAGUGGUGAAAAAGAAUACUGCAACGCAAAUAAACCUUCGAAGAUCAUCUACUCGGAGGAAAAUCAUAUCCAUAUUGUGUUUAGAAAAUAUGAUGCCCCAAAAAAGAUGUUUUUAGGACGGGAAGGUUUAAGGCUGCAAUACAGAACACAAAGUUUCACGUUAGAAAAAUGGACGCAUACAGAAACUUCCUUUUAUAAAUAUGCCUUUUUUCUGCCACGACUGAUGAGGGCUACACAAGCUUGUUCGAAGAUAUUCAGAAAGUGCUACACUAUAUUUCAUUCAUCAUUAUCCUGGUAUGAGGCGAGAUCUGUCUGCUGGGAACGGAAUGAGCAUCUUAUAACAAUACAAUCACAAAAAGAAUUACAGUAUAUUAAUUACCUUCUUCGAGAACAAAGAUACGUCGAUCAAAGAAAUGACAUAUAUGAUUCAAAACAUAAAAGUUUCAAGGCACACAUAGGGUUAUUGCGGAGCAUUGGUACGGAUAAAAAUAUUAGAUUUUAUUGGGUAAACAGUCAUGAAGUCACUUUAACUGCAUGGGCAGUUGGUCAGCCAUCAGUUGGAGACUGCACUCAGACAAACUUCCGGUCAUUCAAUAUGGACAGAACAUGGGAGACAGGAGAUUGUACAACUAAUCUUGCAGACUAUUUCAUCUGCCAGACUGAAGAAGAAAAUGAAAAGAAAAGAAAACUAAACGUUUUUAUCCAAGGAAUGUGCAACUCGUUGUCAAAGAAAAACAAAAUUAAAAUCAAUUACUCAUACUCUGGAAAGGCCUGUCAAAGAUGGAGUAAUUUAACAGAAAAUAACCAUUUGAUAGUUGAUAAAGACAGGGAUUUGUUUAACAUAAAUUCUGAUUUGUGUGAAGACCCCUCUGACUCGGGAAUAUUUGGUUGCAAUGUGAAUAACACUGUGAUAUCGUGGGAGCCAUGCUUCUUCUCACAAGCCGAUCCCGUGUCUGUGAAAACCGAGAGUGUUGGUGACCAUUUUUCAUGCGAAUCCACGGGACGCCAAAUACCGAUGGUGAAUAAAUGUGAUAAAACGUUCCAUUGUGAAGACAAAACCGACGAAGUGAACUGUAAUAUGAACGAACAUGGACUUGUGCAAGACGUUGAAUUGUUUCCGACAAGUUUUCCUGUGAGACUUGUAGAAGGAUCCUAUUUCCAAUGUGGAAGUAAGGAAUGGAUUUCAAUAGCUGCAAAAUGUGAUACUGUAAUAGACUGUUUAGAUGCAUCUGAUGAAAUUGAUUGUUUGCGAAAUAAUGCAGGGUGCAACGAUAACGAAUUUUCUUGUGUUGAUGGAAGCUGUAUAAAACUAGGUCAAGUCUGUGAUUUUAAACCAGAUUGCACUAAUGCCGAGGAUGAAUUUUGUGAGCUUCGGAAUUGUGGACUGGAUGAAUACGUUUGCGAUAACAAGCAAUGUAUUCCUUCCAACAAGAGUUGUGAUGCAGUCCCGCACUGUAUAGAUGGUAGCGACGAAAUAAAAUGUGCGACUUGUCGAGACUCUUUCCAUUGCGAUGUUGAUAGAUGUAUAAGUAAUAUACUGGUUUGUGACAAAGUGCGUGACUGUCAAGACGGCAGUGAUGAAAGUGAUUGUACGGAUUACGACGUUUUAUCUUGCGAGGAUUUGUGGGAGAAAGGAAACCAUGAGUCAGGUCAAUAUUACAUUGGCAAUAUAAAUGUGUACUGUGACUAUAGAUUGACAGGAGAGUCAUCAAGAGGAAUCACAAUGGAAAUCAGAAAUUUAGAUUUUGAUUUCAGCUAUAUAUACACAUCCUCGACACACUUGAUGCAGAUUCGUUUAAGUACGAGGGGUUCUUUCUACGAUUUAGUUUUUAGGAACAACAGUAUUUGCACGGUUGAUGUCAGAAGUACAUGUCAUCUACCAGAGUAUGCUGCAUCAAUUUACGACUUGAAAUACAAACAAGCUACUAAUACGACUUGUCAAUGCUCAAUCGAGACUUUAAUGUUACGCUGGCUUUACCUUCCGACAGAUUAUUUCUAUGAAGACACGUACAUCUACGUCUACGAUACAAGCGGGGAUUGGCGGAGAAAACGUGAUGUUUCUACAGGUCAAAAUGAAAUAGAUGACCUCAGCUCCUUUAACAACGGCAUGGAGCACAAACAACUGGCAUCUUGCAAUGGGAAUGAAACAGUUCGUCAUGACCUUACCUACUACACUUUUGACGAAAAUGCAAUACAUGUUAAUCCAAGCGUGGCGGAGGGAACAGUUCCGAUUGACAUUAGAUUAAACAAGAUUUCGUGCACUUAUAAUUACUCAGUGCCAGUUGAACAAGACCUAUAUGAUUGUUACGGAGAUAACACGACGAUAAGAAAAUCUCAGUUGUGUAUAUAUGAUGAAGAUGCAACAGGUUAUAUAAUUGGAUGUAGGUCGGGGAUGCAUCUGCAAAAUUGCGACGACUUUGACUGUCCUCAAAAUACAGUAAAGUGUCCAAAUAGUUACUGCAUUUCCCUAAGGUUUGUUUGUGAUGGGAGGUUCCAGUGCCCUAGUGGGCAAGAUGAACAUAAUUGUAGUAAGUAA